AUGGCCACCCCAACUGCGAGCAACGACAGCAAAGACAGCGAGGACUGGCUGAAGAUGAAGCAGCUCAUCUUCACGAGCGACACCUAUCUCAGAACACUCUCCAGCCACGGUCUCUCUCUGUUCCUGAUCGGCAUCGACCUAUAUGACAUUCUCGAUGGGGAAACCGGACGCGAUUUCCACUUGCUUCUCACACUUGCACACGGCAAAGAGAGAUUGUCGGAGCGGUUCCCGAAGACACUUGCGGCCGAAGACGAGUUGAUGGUUGCGCUGAAGACCUCGUUGAGAGAUGGCGAUAAGAUUGACGAGACGAAAGCCGUGUUGAAGAUCGAUGCAGAUGGUACCACAGUUCACUUGCAUUUGCACGGCCUUCUUCACCCCGGCGCCGCCGAAGGAGAGAUGUGCGUUUCUUCAGACGCUUUCGCCACAAACGAAGGGGGGCACCCAGAAACCGUGUUUUUGUCCACGCACGAUACAUCGAAGCCCGCCGAUCAAUUGGAGUUUUGUUGGACGUGCUCAAAGACCGGGUCGGAGGAUGGGAACUCGGUCGAUGGACUUGUUGUAGAUCUGUCGGCGGAUGUUUGCCCCGACCACAACAGAACUUGGAUUUCGAAAAAGUAG